UGCACCAUGCCAAGCCAGUCAGCACUCAGCACCAGGAGGGAAAGGAUUAACGCUGCCUCACUCUUACAAGAAACAAUGGGAGUGUAGAUUAUUUUGUUUAUCCCUAUUUUUUUGAAACGAGAUCACAUUGGAAUUAUAGUUAGCAUCUUAUCUUAAGUGGAAAGUGAAGGAAGUUUACUGACGUGAGUGAUCAUUCAGCGUUAAGGGCAACAGUGAGAGACAGCUCGUGAUAUUUACUGUUACUGGAAGCUCGAGAAGUAUCAACAUGCAUGACCGUAACCUUACUGAAUUCGAUGGGCAUGAGGCACCACACCCUGGGGACCCAAAGCGCCCCAUCGACCUCAAUGUCAUGAAAAGGAACAUGACCAUCGCUAAGGGGUUCCUCGACAUCAGUCUCCUCUCCGCCAACGCCAACCAACUACGUAACAUCAUCAACUUUGGUGACACCGAGAGUCCCAUCUACUAUGUAGUGAUCUCGGGCAUUAUUUUCAGUCUAGUGAUCCAGAUUGUGGCCGGCAUCAUUCUCAUCGUAGCUGAACGGUUCGAUAUCAACCAAGAGGAGGACGACGAGUGGAGCGACCGCCUCAACACGACCGUCGUGUGCCUCGUCUUCAUUGUGGUUAUCGUCAACGUCUUUAUCUCCAGCAUGGGCAUAGACGUAGCCAACCCGUCCUUGCAUAAAGUACCGCAUCAUGAUGCAGGCACAAAACAGUUUACUGACCACAGCCAGUCUACCUAGAGUGAUGCUUCUCAACAUUCCUUUACCAAAGGGUGAUUUUUUUUUUAUCGGGAUCUCUGGCUCUGUCAUUGAGGAAAAAGUCAAAAUUCCCGUCUUCAUUUUUCUCACCUGAUCCGUGUCCUGACUUUCGCCUCACAGAUUCACCCAAUCUAUUUUCUGUUCUCACCUGAUCCGUAUUCUGGCUGUAUCAUCUCCUAGUCGCCUAAUUUGUCGUCUGUGUUGCUUACAUCUUCACCUGACCUGUCCUCUGACUUUCUCCUUGUAUCUUUAUCUCACCUGUGUUUUGGCUUUCUUCUCUCGCCUAACCUGCACUCUGGCUCUUAUUACCUCGACAUAUGGCUUCUCUUCUGACUAUUUCCUCACUUCUUCACCUGACGCGUCUUCUGUUCUUCUCACCUUCUGGCUUUCUCUCGACUUAACCUAUAUCCUUUCUUCUCACCUCAUCACCUAUCCUGCCUUCUGGCUUGUUUCAGUUUAAUCCUCUCUAAAUCAUGAAUUCAUGAAGGUCCUCGACCGAAUAAAUCGUCUAUCACAGUUCCCUCUCUAUUUUGCAGGUUACUUAUGAAUAGUUCUAUCAACGAGAGUUACCUCCUUUAAAUAGGGAUAUGAAUGCCAAGUCAGUAUAGAAGUUGAAUCAGUGAGUAUGCAUAGCUUUAGCAAAAGAUUACGUCAAUAUCUUGAAAAAAAUAAAAAUAUUGCAAAUGAUUUUAAUCAGUUGAAGCAUAACUUUUAACCGAUAACUUAAUAAUUGAUACCUUUUAAUACCUGUGCGCUAUUUGAAACAAAAAUGUAUGGAAUCAAUAUACAGUUCUCAGAUUGAGAAACUUUAUCUUGGCUAAUGAAAUAGACGAGAUCUCAUAGAAAGAAUAAUAGGCAAGCGCGCACACAUUUCUUUUCCUGCUUGUUAUAUUUCCCUACUCGUUUUUUUUUGUUUGCGAGUAUAGAUUAUACAGUGGAUCAAACACCUCUUAGUGAAUGAUAGAUGCUCAGAUUUGUUCCAAGUAAAGGAAGGUGAUUACAAUUAUUUCGAUCCAGAGCUCUCUAAAGCCUUCCCACCUCAUCUUGAGGGCUUAUGAGUGUGGAGCACUUAUGGUUGGGCAGAUUAGAUGGAAAAUCAGAGAAUUACUGGAGUUUUGCAUCUUAGUUUGGAUGAAAAUGUGUCAUGUGCCACUUCCAUGUGAUUUAAUUCCAAAAUAUUUUCGUUGUGAACAUUAGUCUUAUUAUUGGGCUCAGGUGUGAUUUGUUUGUAGAAUUUUUAAUGAAUGGAUUUCUCGCUCAACAAUAGUUGUCCAAGAAUGUAUUUUGAAAUGGAUUCUUCUUGUCUUUCAUUCACAUUUUCUACCCACUUAUCUGUUCUUUAACAGUACAUGUAUUCUUUUUUUCGCAAGAAUAUUUGUUUCUGUAUUUUCCUUGGGGGCUGUAAUUUUUAUUGUUCAAAUGUUCAUAUGUCCAAUAGUAUCUACUAGAUAAGAUAAUUUAGCAUACCAGUUAGGUUAAUUAGUAUUUACAUAUUUGUUCUCAGAAUUUCAUUCAUAGUUUGUGUCUUUACGUUAUAGUUUUUGUAUACAUUUACUGAAGUAUAAAAUAGUGAAAGCCUUCAGAUUUCUUCUACAUUAUAAAAUGGUCUAAUAGCCAUAUCUUUGACUUCAAAAAAAAUGGCACUCUGGUGGAGACUGCCUGACCUAGAUGGCCCUGGUUUAGUAAACAUCUUCACCAGAAAUGACAGUUUCCAGAACGUUUCAUUCUUUUACAGCGAAGUGAAACUCUGUGCCAACAAAGCUUCUGCAACUUUUCUCUUGUCACCGCUUCCACCUACAGGAUACUGGUGAAGUUCCCACCUCGAGUUUUUGUGGACUGAGCUGACUGGAAACCCGAACGGGAAAUAACCGGUAGGUCCUUGUUCCAGGACCAAAUUUCUUAGACAUGGUCUGAAAAUGAGCCAAGGUGAAAGAAACGAAUGUUAAGAUUGCAAAUUAUCAAUUAUCCUGACUGGUUGUAUACAGGGAACAUGCAGCCUUAAUGACCAUCUUGUAGUCGACAGAUUAAAAAAUGUGGCAAUGGUGAUAUCUCACACAUUCCCAACAGAGACUAUACGUUCUUAAAAAUAAAAUUGAGACCACUGAAGAAACUCGGGCACUUAACUCAAACGUUUAUUUUCCUGCCGAAUGGAUAAUGGACACCUAAUUGAACGUAAGUUAGGUUAGCUUAACCGUUUUUAAUAGAACGUAGUAAAAGUAAAAUAAUAAAAAAGUGAUAAUAUAGAUUUACAUGUUCAGACAAUGUAACAACAGCUUGGUAAACACAGGAAGACAAUGUUGUUUUUAACUGUCUAUUAGUCAUUUCAAAACACGCAUUAAGGAAAAUGGAUUAAUGAGAGAACCUACAAUCAAAAUCUCCUUUAGUCUUUUCUGGGCAGAAUCACCGUCUCAGCUAAGGUAGAUCACUCAAAAUUUUCUCAUUAACUAGUACACCGUGAGAAAUGCUGACGCCUCGAAAAGGCAUUAUUUUCUCAUGUAUUUUAAUUCACAAAUACAAAUAAAUUAGUUAAAACAAUCUAUAACAUACCAGAGAUGGUGUUUACUGAGACAACUCUAUAAAACUUGUUCUGCAAACUGUGUUCUUGUCUUCGUGCUUGUAGACAAUUUGCCAGUUCAUCCAUGGUGUUUAUAUGUCAGUCGUCAAGCCCUGUUAUUUAUAUUACAUUACUAAUGUAGUCCAGGAAAGUGUAUCUUCCGAAGCUAAUGACCUCGAUAUAGUCCUAUCCUGUAAUAUUUCCAACAUCAUUUUUAUAUCGGUAAUAAUAAUUAUUAUUUUAAGUGAUAAUUAAUGAAUUGCUUUCCUGUUUUCUGCAUUCAUGAUAUUUAUUACAAAGUGACUUUUUAUUAUUGGCUUUGAAAGAGAGAGAAACCAUUUGGAUGGAUAUAUUAAACACAGGUAAGACAGAGAUAUGUAUAUUACGGCUUCAGUCAAGGACUGAGGCUGGAAUAUACAUAUUAUUCUAACCCUUCACAUUUCUGUCAAAAUGUUUCUCACUUGGUAUCGAUCACUGUUUGAUCUAAACAUUGGUGGCUGUAUUCAUUAUUAUCUGCUGUGCUAGUUGUCUGUUAUCUGAGGUACGUAUUGCUUGGUUUAUUGGAUUUAAAUCCUAUCACUACACAAGUGUCAUUAAGGCUGCAUGCAACAUUAACACCAAAGAUACUUUAAUCCCUAAAACAGGGAUUAAAAGGGAUUAAGCAGUGUACAGUAACAUAGACCUCUAGCUGUAUAUACAGUAACUCAUUCAGUGUUUAUGCGUGUGUGUUUUAGAGAACAUCGUUGGGUUAACUGGAUUUAACUUUAAUCCCUCUUUGCCUUUAUUUGGGAUUACAGUACACUAGUACAGCAUUUCCGAAUGGUGACGAACAAUUGACGUGCGCCCUUGAUAAGUCCCAAGUUAGGUUAGGUAAAAUUUGUCAAGAAACAGGAAAAGUGGUUCCUGAUGCUGGUCUUAGCCAUAUGAUGACCGCCCGGUGUCGAUAAGCUUUAACUCUUCGUGUACAUAGAGUGAGAUAUCUAAACCACCAAGUGUACAUGUACUGUUCCUCUCAGUGCAUACACAGCAAGAGUGCUCGUACUUAUCACAAAAUAUACGGACUAUGUACAUUUCUUAUACUACUUUGACCUUUGCAGUUAUUAAUAUUG